AUGGCUCGAUCGAAGGAGCUUACACCUACGCUACGCGCGCGUAUAUGCGAACUAUAUGCAAUCAACUGGGGCUAUAAGCGUAUUCAUAAGCGUUACCCCUGGAUUCCUCUCUCAACAAUUCGAUAUACGAUCAUUAAAGAGCGAGAAAGACAAGAUAGUAUCUCGAAGCCACGCAAAGGCCGGCCAAAGAAGCUCACUAAGGCCGACAAAGACCGAAUUAUCCAGGUUAUUCAUGAGAACCCUCGCGUUACACAGGAAGAUCUACUUACUGAGGUCGACCAUAAAGUGAAAUAUGCCUCAAUUCGACGACUACUUAACGCUGAGAAUAUACGCAAAUGGCGCUGUAGCUGGCGACCUUACCUUGAAGAAAUUUACGCGGUAAAACGACUUUAA